AUGAAGAUCAAGCGAGACCUGUCGCUUGUCAGCAAAGCGUGGAAUAGAUACAUGCAGGAGUACAUGUAUGAGUUUGUUUGGAUCAGUCGAGCCAGCCAAGCAAAAAUGCUCGCGCUCACCUUGCUCACGCAAUUUAUAGAGGGCAAGCCAUCGAGUGGCCACUACAUCCGCCGAUUACACAUGGAAACACCCGUACUUCUACGGUGCGCCACGGAUGACAUCCGUACCAUUCUCGAUUACGCCCCACAUCUCGUCAUCUAUUCCGACCAUCACUCAGUGAGAUGCACACGGUAUUCAGAGUUCAUCGAUGUGCGCUGUUCCCCGGAACAGAUGGUUUCUGUUCUCGCGAAUUCGAAUAGCAAACUCCGCAGACUUUCUCUCACCAACUACAGCGAUGACCCCUUCCCAAAACAUGUGUCGCCACUCCUCCGGCGCACUGCAGCUAACCUCGAAUACCUAGAACUUUCAUCGUCCAGCAUACCCCUCGUUUCUGGCCACCUCUUCGCGUCGAAAUCCCCCAUUGUUUCCCUUCCUGUUCUUCAGUCCCUUAAGCUGACCCUCGAUAACACAACAUUCGCGGUACUUGCCGCAUGGGACAUGCCAAAUCUGCGAAAUGUUUCUGUAGUCUCCUCAGAUUUUGGCUACGCGGGCCCCGGUUUCGCUUAUUUCUUUGCCGCGCAUGGCAAAAAACUACACCAGCUGGAGCUGGGACACUCUUCUUCACUUGUCGUCGAGCACUACCUAUCACUCCGACCUCGUCCUGUGCAACAGAUUCCACUAGCAGAGUGGUGCCCCAACCUCAAAGAGUUCAUCUGUUCUGCGGAUGCAGAGUGGAACUGGCAGAACCCAGAUUGGAUAGCGCCACACGUCCUCCUUCCUGGGCACAAAAGCCUCGAAUUCAUUGGCAUCCGAGAUAUUGAUAAGCGCCUCAUGGAUGACGCAUCUGCUUUCCCUGCAGACGUAGAAGAUGAAGCGCCAUUUUUCCCAUUGGUGGAGCAAAUCUCGUCGCUACUUUUCAAUAAUGCCUUCCCGUCUUUACGCUACGUCCGUGACCUGAGCCGCGCAUCCCAUUCAAUGCGCGGCGGACAGCGUCCCGAGAUGCGAAUCUUGAAGUUUUGGGCCAAGAUUCUUGCCCGUUGUGGUGAGCGGCAGGUCUGGCUUGAGGAUUUCCGCGGUGUCAACAUCACAUUGCGGGAUCUGAAACGGGUAGGGCUUGACCGUAUUGGAGGUGCUGGUAGCCUCGUCUAG